GUCGGGAACCACCUCCCACGCCGCGCAGCGUUGUUCAUUCGCUGGUGCGCACCUUCUCUGGGUCAAUAGAGACCCAGCACCGAGCCCUGUGGGUUGACCAGGCCUACAGCGCACCGCUGUGCCCUCUCAAAGAGGUGCUGCUUUUGCAUCGAUUAAAACGCGACAGGGCGCCAAGACGGCACCAACACACAUCCUGCUGCUCGCGGCGCUAGCCACGAUCACCACAGCAAGGCUAGCGCCGCAGAAAUCGAAACCGAGGCCACUCAUGGCGAACCUCGACGCCGGGAACGGCGACUGGCUCCGCUGGAGCGACGACGCGCCGCUCACGUCCGAGACGGGCGACGACCGCGACCGCGCGACGCUCAAGGUCGUCAACGAGUGCUCGAAACCGCUCCACGUCCAGUGGGUCACGGCCGGCGGCAAACUGCGGAACCGCCGCCGCGUCGCGCCGGGCAAAGGGCGCUACGCCAUCCUCGACAACUCCGUGAAGAACGAGCACACGGAAGGCACGCUUGUCGGGGACGCCUUCGUCAUCUACGCGGGCCUCGACGACACGCCGCCCGAGACGCUAGAGGCGCUCGACACGGCGGAGAUCGUGGGCUUCCUCGCGUGCACGGGGAAGGACCCGGCGCGGCCGCGCGUCGUCACCGUCGCCGACGCGGGCUUUUUUAGUGGUCUGGUCGGCGCGAAGACGCUCGUCGCCUCGCACACGGUCGGCGCUGCCCCUACGGAGGAGGACACGAAGCCGCUGCACCCCUACGUCUACAAGCGCGAGACGGCGUGCGGCAUUAUCAUAGAUGUGGACGACCGGUGCUACGAGCGGGGCGAGCGCGUGCGGGCCUUCGUCGCCGACUGCGAGGCCGCGGCCAAACGGCUCCCGAAGAACGCCGUCGCGGCGAUCCGCGACGCGGGUUGUAGGAUAGUGGUGCACGAGGAGACGGGCAAGUGGACGCAUAUGUGCUACCACCCGCGCCAGGGCCAAUCGUGGCUCCGCGACCAGGGCUUCGACGAGAACUUGGCUGGGUGCGUCCAGCUCUACCGCCUCGACGACUACGCCGGCGACCGGGGCCUCUGGGGCCAGGGAGGUUCUAUUGUGCACGAGCUCUCGCAUGCCUACCACGACUGCUACCUACGAGACGGCCACGGGAACAAGUUCAUCGGGCGGCGCUACGACCGCGCGGUCCACGCCGAGCGGCUCUACGACGCUGUAAGGGUCAAGGGCCCCCAAUCAAAGCCGCGCGACGCCGCCGAGCGGCGCCUGCUGUUCCUGCGCCAGACGGCGUGCGGCUGCAUGGGCCGCGUCGAUGGCGUGGCGCGGCGCCACUACGCCGCGACGAACGCGGCCGAGUUCUUCGCGGAGCUCUCGACGGCCUACCUGUGCCGCGACGACGAGGACUACAACAAGUGGGAGCCCCACAACCAGCGCCAGCUGUGGCAGUUCGACCCCGAGACGUGCAAGUUACUGGAGCGCGUCUGGGACGACGGCGAGGCGCUCGACGACGACUGUGCCGACGAGCCGCCGCCUCCCCCGCCGCGGUCGCUGUGCUGCCGCGUGCUUCGGUGGGGGGCCGUGCCUUCGGUGGGGGCGGAAAGCGCGCGACGCCUAAUUGUGUAGUGAAUGUC